AUGGCCACAAGUGCCCAAACUGCGGCAGGGAGCUUGGAAAGAGUUGCCAAAUUGGCAGACCAGGUGGUCAGAGAUGUCCAUGGCAUCUAUGUCAUUCAAAAUUCGCUCGUCGAUCACAUCAACUAUUACGGACGUUGGUCGCAGAGGGUUUCAGCCUUUCAAAUUGCUCAGGGGUACGAGAUAAUCCGGACCCUCGCCGACAUUGGAGGGCAUCUUGGCGAGGCCAAUAGCAUCGCCGCGUUGGGAAGCGGAGGACCAGACGGCUUUGCGAAACACGUCUACGACUUCAUCAAAGAGAAAAUUGGUGUGAUUCAGGAGGUGGAAAGGGAUAAUCAUCGUUUCUUUGUCUACCAUCCUGAUACAAACUGGUAUCCAGCGUUUCAUCGAUUGAUCACGGGACACCCACUUCCGCCUACGUUUUGUACCAAGUCGGAUGACUUGGACAAGUCGUGUCAGUACAUGCAAGAAGUUAGAGCGCAACUGAGAAGGGAGUCGGAGCGUGGAAGAGACAUUAUUUUUCACCUGCUCAUCCCAUCAUGGUGCACCCUCUCCUUCAAGCAGCCCUUGCAUUUCCCCGAUUGCCUUCAGCCAUUCAAGGUUGAGGGGCGGAAGCACAAACUUAAGGAGUACGUUGCGUUCAACCUUCCAGCUGCGCCUGAUGGACUUCUGGACGGCGUUGCGAAUGUUCUCGACCCAGACUCGUGGAACAAGAUAGCAGCAGGGGUUUCGGUCGCUACAACACUGCCAGCCGUGGGCUGGGGUAUCAACGGCGCCUGUCUCGCCGCCGGCGUUGCCUUAGGUACUCUCACAGGUUUGGGACUGUUGGUGGCCGUUCCGGUCUGGUGGGGCACCGCGCUCCCAUCCAUGAGUGCAGCUGCACCAGUCAUCGAGGAAACUGUGUAUGGUGCGUUCUGUGAAACAGCACCGAGAGUGUUGGGGUCCACUCGACGUCUAAAAUUUGAGGAAGGAAGGUGGUCAGAUGUGGGCUUGUGA